AUGUCGGCCGCGACGGACUGGUCGCUCACGCGCGAGACUCUCGUGCGCGUGUCCUGCGUCGAUCCGCUCCCCGCGCCCCCCGAGUAUCUCGACGACGCCGCGGUCGAGCGCCUGCGCGGAUGGGACGCGUCGGCGCGCGACGGCGGGGGACCGGCGCUCGGCGUCAACUGCUGCGCCGUGUGCGCGGCGUCGUUCGCGGCGGCCCCGUCCGCGUGCGAGCGAUGCGACGUCGUCAAGUACUGCGGCGAGGCGUGCCUCGAGAAGGACGCGGCGACGCACGCGCCGAUAUGCGCGCUCGCGUCGUUCGCCUCGCGUCUCGCCGCGGUCGAGAUGGACGCGAUCGACGCCCGCGCCGCCGCCGCCGCGUCCGCGAGGGCGUGCGUGAAGAACGUCAAGCUCCUCGGGAAGACCGGGACGUCGCACAUCCUUGGCCCGAGAGGGUACGGCGAGCGCGACAGCGAGCGGAUCGACGCGGACGCGUGCGCGAGCCGCUGGGGCGCGGUGUUGAAGCUCGCGGAGCGAGGGAACGCGCACGUCGUCGUCCCAAAGUCGGCGGAGGCGGCGACCGCGGACGACGACGCGCGGCUGGCGGCGAACGCGGCGGCGGCGAAGACGGCGAAGACGCUGAACGACUUCGCGUCCACGGCGAGCUACCCGCUCUCCGUCGUCGCCGCGUCGUGGCUGUUCCCGGUCGUGAAGUACGCGCUCAUGCUCGGCGUGAGCGGGCACCGCGUCGACGACGACGACGACGGCGGCGGCGACGGCGGCGACGCGAACGAAUCGGAAUCGCCGACGGAGCCGGCGGCGCUCCACGUGGUGUGCGGCCCAGACGCGGACGCGCACGCGCUCGACGCGCCGUCCGACGUGUGGUGGCUCCUCGGCGCGGGCGCGGCGUUGGACAAGCCGGGCGUGGACGUCAGCCUGAUCGGCGAGGGCGUCGCCGCGAAUGAGAUGGCGAACGAGUACGGUUUCGCCGGGUCUUCCCACACGCCGAGCGUGAAGCGAUUCGCAGAGAGUUACGAAACGCACGCCGCCGCGGCCGCGCGCGGCCCGUGUCUCGUCUUCGGCGUCGGUUUGAACAUCGCGAACGCGUGGGCGACGCUCCGCGGCGAAGAGGAGGAGGAGGAGGAGGAAGACGCGUCGGAGACGACGGAGGAAAAGUUGAACGUCAUCGGCGCCGCCGCCGGCGCGGUGCGCGCCGCGCGACGCGCCGGGUGCCCGCUUCUGACGUCCAACCCGACGCGAGUAGACGUGAGCUACGAGCAGGAGGCGAUGGAGGACGUCUUCGGGUACGAGCUCGUCGGGAUGGCGAGGAAUCCGUUCGCGUACGCGACGCCGGAGCUCGCGGGGGUCGGGGACGUGAUUCGGCGCAACGAGUGGCUCGCCGCGUACGUGCCGAAGAGGUCGGCGGCGGCGGAGGUGGGGGGGGAGGGCGCGAAGCGGUCCGGCGACGACGGCGGGGGGGGCGGCGGCGACGCCAAGAAGGCGAAGAAGAAGAAGUAG